AUGUCUUGGUAUCAUUCAACAUUGUUAAAUACCGAUCGACGUCCAUCGCGUAUAAUCGCAAGUUGUAAACAAUUUUCACGACGUGUUAGCGUUGGUAUUUCACGAGCGGUUCGCCGUAUACAAGUACCAGGUAAAGCUGAAACUGGAAAAGUCAUGGGUGCUAACAUAGCCGCAUUUUCUGAGGGUCAAUAUAAUUUCAAUGUUGGUAAACGCAAACGAUGGAAACGAAGAGAUAAUCGAUUGGAUGCUGACCAAUCAAAAAAGCUUCAACAUCCACGUUCAUUAGAUGAAAUUGUUAAAUGCACUCGAUUUUCCAAGUCUGAAGUUCGUCUUCUUUAUCGAGGUUUUAAACAGGAAUGUCCUAGUGGAAAUGUCAGCGAAGAACGAUUACGUGAAAUUUAUGUGCAAAUUUUUCCUCAAGGAAAUGCACUCAGAUAUGCUCAUUUACUCUUUUCCGUGCUCGAUCGAAAUCACAAAGGAACAUUCACAUUUGAUGAUUAUAUAUUAACACUAUCAGUGCUAUGUCGCGGAACGAUUGACGAGAAACUACGAUGGAUUUUUCGUUUAUAUGACAUUAAUGGCGAAGGAUCAAUAACACGAGACAGUGUCGCUGAAGUUAUUCUAUCGUUCUAUGAUCUGCUCGGUAGAUCCGUGCAACCUCGUGUCGAAGAAGAAGAUGUUCAAGAGCAUGUUGAUAGAAUGUUUGAAAGUAUUCUGCCAACGUCAACUGAAGAAAUAGCAUUAGAAGAUUUCAUCGAAUAUUGUAAACAUAAGCCUCAAUUAAUUGAAUCAAUUCAGACAUUAUCGUGUUGUAUAUAA